CCAAGUCUCGCCGGUAGAGGACGUCCCUUGUAACGAUUUUUAGUCUUUCGCUACCUCUUGACAAGUUUGACAUUUCCAGUAGAAUUUUCGCAGAUGUUGGUAAACAAUGGCGAGCAUAACGAUUGAGAAAACAAAAUACGAAUGCGGCCAACCCCAACAACUCAACAAAAAGUGGCAGCGGGAGGACGUUUUGCGGAAAACGGGCCUGUGCGUGGGCAAAGUGGACGUGUAUUACAGGAACGCGAGGAGCGAUGGAUGUCUCGUGCCCCCCAUUCGACAGACGGCCAGCAUUUUCAAGCAGCCGGUUACUGUUUAUAAAACACAGGAAGGUAAAGUAAAAUCCGACCACAAAAAUGGCAACCAAGAAAAACCAAAACAACUGAUGUGGGAAAAACGGUUAGAAGGUUUAAGGGCAUGUGAUAUAGAUGGCCAUGAAUUUGAAGCAAUGGAAUUACCAAAAGGACUCAAACCUGUAGGGCCAAAUGUAGAUGAAGAAACUAUCAUAAGAAGUGUGGCCACGGCUUUACAUGUUUCUACUCAGCCUGUUACGGGCCAAACAGCCACCAAAACGUUACUAGAGAAGAAUCCAGGCGUUUUUUUAGAUCCUAAACAACCUCUGGUUCAUGCAGUUAACAUAUCUGAUGACGAUAUAAAAAAGCAAGAAGAAAGAGUGGCGUUAGCUCGAAAAAAACUGGAAGAAGCUCUGAACAUGUGAAAUGUGAGAUGGAAACAUCUAUAAAGGAAACCAAAUCAUGACAUGACUCCACUUUCAGAUUCAAAGCUUGAGAUAUGACAGAUGUUCUGUCUAUUACAUAUAUAUCAUCUGAUGCAAAAUUUAUUUUAAUAAUAAUAUAUUGCUAUUAGUCCUGAAAUUGUAUAUCAAGAAUUAUCUUCAACAUUUUGCUCAAAGAGCGUUAUGUAAUUGUGACAAUUUUGUUAUGUAAUUUUAAGUGUAUU